AUGGCCGCAUCUCACCAUGUUCUUCUCAUCGGCGGCCACGGCAAGAUCGCCCAGAUGCUCACACCACUUCUUCUAAAGCGAUCAUGGACCGUCACAAGCAUGAUUCGUACCAAGGAGCAGGCUCCUACCAUUGAGAAGCUCGGCAGUGGUCUGCCAGGCAAGCUCAACGUUCUGGUCAGCAGCGUCGACGAGGUUUCUACCCAGGAGCGCGCUGCCACCAUUUUAAACACUGUUAAGCCAGAUUACGUUGCGUGGAGUGCUGGUGCUGGUGGUAAAGGUGGCCCCGAAAUGACCUUCAAGGUAGACAGAGACGCAGCCAUCAACUUCAUUCGCGCAGCCGCCAAUAUCCCUUCUAUUACGCGAUUCCUGCUCGUCUCAUACGGUGGAUCCCGACGUUCCGGAGCUUCCUGGUGGCCUGAAGGCGAAUGGGACGACUACAACAAGAAGGUCAAUUACGGGGUUCUCGCAACCUACUACAAGGCCAAAAUUGCGGCUGAUGAAGCUCUCUAUGAGACUUCCAAGAAGAGUUCUAGUCUCGUUGGCAUCUGUCUUCGGCCGGGGACCCUUACGGAGGAGCCUGCGGGCAAGGUUGAGCUGGGGAAAACUGCUCAUGUGAAGGGCAAUGCGAGCAGAGCUAGCGUUGCUGCCACUGCUGAUGCUUUGCUUGCGGUGGAUGGUAUUAAGAAUACAUGGCUUGAUCUUCUGGAUGGAAAUGAUGAUGUUGAGGCAGCUGUGAAAAAGUGUGUUCAGGAUGGCGUUGAUGCAGCUGAGGGCGAGGAAAUCUUUGGCUCUAAGAUUUAA